UUCAUUAUGCCGUGAAGAAUCGUGGUGCAUUCUAAUCCAACGCUAGCUGUUAAACAUAAAAAAAAAAGUUCGAUAACUGUGUUUUCUUUAUUUGCAUCGUCUUUUUGAUGCUGACAAAAAGACGAUGCAAAUAUAUAUAUAUUAAAAUAGGUUCAACGAGGGACGCAGGGGAAAGGGGGCGGCGUUCACCAGUCAGUGGAAUUCAUGAAAACCACUGUACCGACAGACUCAAACACUACAGUUGGCCUACAUCGGCUCGUCCAGGCGCAGUCAAACUCCUCGGAAUUAUAAGAACGUUUUGAACUUUUAGGGUCAUUGAACAACUGUCAAAUAAUACUGCGAAUGUAACCGCAACAUUGUCGUGCCACAAAGGAGUUCUCAGUAAAGUUUUAGAAACUUUCAGCACUGCGUUCCCGAGGCCGCAGUGUCAUGCCAGAGGGAUCUCUCAACGCCACCUAUGAAGUCCCAAUGGGUGAAGAGUCCCCCCGUUUGUCCACUGCCUCCAUCAGUAGUAAUGAGCGGGCACCCUCCGCCACACCCUCCGACUGCUCCGACUUCCCCUCCGCUGGCCAGCGCCCCGUGAGCCUGGUCUCCACCUUGUCCUCGGGGUCAGGGUCAUCCCGGGACGACGGCCCCGCUCCGCCUCCACCUGGCGGCAGCGUGCCCCCUACCGGAGACGACAUCGACUUGGAGCUGAAUCCUCCGGUUGGCGUCGGCGAUCAGGACCGCCAGCAUCCCGAUACGGCGGACCCUUCUGGGGAAGGACUGGUCUCUCGUGGCGGGAAGUUCGACCAGCUUAACAACAACAACACUGACACGCCCUCGCGGGCUGCCAGCACCUGCCACACGCCCCCGUUAUCGCCCUUCGCAGCCAUAACCAUGGCGCCCAACCCCAAGAUCACCUACUUGGACCGGGUGGUCAUGGAGAUCAUCGAGACGGAGCGCAUGUACGUGAGGGAUCUGCGCAGCAUCGUGGAGGACUACCUGGCCCACAUCAUCGACCAGGCAGACCUACCCAUUAGACCAGAACAGGUGUGUGCCCUGUUUGGAAACAUCGAGGACAUUUACGAGUUCAACAGUGAACUGUUGCAGUCCUUAGAUAUGUGUGACAACGACCCUGUUGCCAUCGCUAGGUGCUUCGUCAUGAAGAGAGAGUAUUUUGAGAUCUAUACACAGUACUGUACCAACUACCCAAAUUCUGUGGCUGCUCUGACAGACUGCAUGAGGAACAAAUCCUUGGCCAAGUUGUUCCGGGAGCGGCAGGCCUCACUAAAACGCUCCCUUCCCCUGGGCUCCUACCUGCUCAAGCCUGUACAGAGGAUCCUCAAGUACCACCUAUUGCUUCAGGAGAUAGCCAAGCACUUUGACCCACAAGAGGAGGGCUAUGAGGUAGUGGAGGAAGCCAUCUACACCAUGACAGGCGUGGCCUGGUACAUCAACGACAUGAAGAGGAAACACGAGCAUGCCGUUCGACUGCAGGAGGUCCAGUCUUUGUUGAUCAACUGGAAAGGACCGGACCUGACCACGUACGGGGAACUGGUCCUGGAGGGCACCUUCAAGGUCCACCGGGCCAAGAACGAGCGCACACUCUUUCUUUUCGACCGAAUGCUCCUCAUCACCAGGCGCCGAGGAGAGCACUACGUCUUCAAGACCCUCAUCUCGUGUUCCACCCUCAUGCUAAUCGAGAGUGCCAAGGACUCUCUAAGCUUCAGCGUCACUCACUACAAGCACCCCAAGCAGCCCCACACAGUGCAGGCCAAGACUGUGGAAGAGAGAAAACUAUGGGCCCAUCACAUCAAAAGGAUCAUUCUCGAAAACCAUCAAGCCAUCAUCCCUCAGAAGGCAAAGGAGGCAAUCUUAGAAAUGGACUCGAUUUACCCAUCAAAGUUCCGGUACAGUCCAGAGAGGAUGAAAAAGGCCAUGUCCUGCCAAUCAGACGAGUUUCCCAGAGAAGGUCGUCAGGGCCGACGGCAGUCAGAACCGACCAAACAGAUCCUGAAGAACACCAAAGCCGUCCUCAAGCAUGCAGACAGCGAAGGGACCCUACCAGAUGACCCGCGCUCCAUUCAGGCAGCCGCUAGCGUCAGCACCCUGGGCUCGAGCCUAGGCGAGUCCGAGGCUGAGAGGCCUAGUGUGGAGGAGGAAGAAGAAGAAGAAGAGGAGGAGGAUAUGGGCCUUAGGAAGGGCUCACUUGAGAGGCUAAGCCCCAGUGACAUUGAGGAGCCGAGGACAGGGUCAUCGUCCCACAAGGGCAGGGCGACCCUGGGGGAGGAAUGUGACUCGGAUGAUAUUCUGAUGGAGGAAGACCAGGUAGAGGACUUUGCCAGUUCCAUGCUGGCCGCCAUCUCCUGCUGGCACUAUAGAGCCAGGGCUUUGCUUUCCAUGGGGGUCACAACGGAUGAAGAGGGAGACGAUGUAGUUGAGGAGAAUGGGUCUUACAAAGAGAAUGGGAUUUCAUCUGGUCCUGUGUUACAGUCGGAGACGGAGCAAAGCACCUCCAUCGCGGAGAAGGCUCCUCAGGACAAGCCACUGCUCCAGACCAACACCUCUGCCUCGGAGUCCACUGAAAGGCUUAAGCCAGCCUCCUCGGACCCAGAGAUGGCUUCUGCCACUCCUCCCAAGGUCUGCACCACUCCUCCCAAGGUCUGCACCACUCCUCCCAAGGUCUGCACCACUCCUCCCAAGGUCUGCACCACUCCCCGCUGGAUCGCGUUACCAGAGCCCCAGUGUGACAAGGAGGAUGCGAUGGAGGAACAGACCGGGGUGUCGUCAGCAUCUCAGUCAGAUGACAUAAAAACAUUGAGCAGUGCAGAAUCUUCCGAAGAAGAGGAGGAAGAGGAAGUAGCAGCAGCACAGGAGAGCGGGCCCAGCAGCAUUCUACCUCCCUCCGUACUGAAUCAAGCCAGUGCCAUCGCGGAGCACUUCACCAACAGCGCCAGGCGAGGCAGCACGGAUGAUGCCCGCUCCCUUGGCUGCUCCUCGCCACGCCUUCCCAGCCGGACUGGCAGCACCCUCAGCCUUGGCGGCGAAGGCAAUGAACGCCCCCACUGGCUGAACAGCGCCUGCUUCGAACCGACCCAGGACAACUUUGGCGGAACGGAUCUGACUAUGCUUUCUCCGAGGGAUGACAGCAUCUUUGAGAUCCACAGGAGGAGAGACUCUACCCUAUCCAAGCAGGACCAGUUGCUCAUUGACAAAAUCAAAAGCUACUACGAGACUGCUGAGCACCAGGAUGCCAACUUCAGCCUCAGGCGCAGGGAGAGCCUGACCUAUAUCCCUACUGGCCUUGUCAAGAACUCUGUCAGCUGGUUCAACAGUUCGGAUGAGAGCCCUGGUGCAGAGAAAAGUGAUACAUCAGCCUUGGCCACUUCCUCUGCACCCCACCCUUCCACUUCAGAACCUGAUUCAUCCAAGGCUCCAGGCGUCUGGGACUGCAUGACCUCCGGUGCAUCAUUUGACUCACUGGAGUUGGAGAGAAGUAAGAAGCCUGAGGUGGUGGGUUCAGAGGCAGAGAGAAAGGACCGGUCUCUGGGUUUACAGGAGAGGCACAUCCAGGACGAGGAGUUCCGACCUUCAUCUGAGAUGAUCAAGGUUUGGCAGGACAUGGAGAAAAAGGGGAGCAGAUCCCAGGGAGAGGCCAGAGGCCCUGUGAAAGACACCGAGGCUCAACAGAAGACCUCUAGAGUCGGUGGUCCAAGCCUAUGCAGAAGGAGCCAGACUCCAAAGAAGAACUCUGAAUCGGAGCCUGACGAUUCCUUUAUGAUACUGGAGGAAGCUGACCUGAGCACCAUCACUGAAGAGUCCAUGAGCCCUUCGCCCAUCAAGAGCAAGGUGUUGGGGCUUGGCCGUACAGCGAGUGUGAGGGAUCCCCGCAGAUCCAGGGUUGACGAGGGUAGGCUUUCCAGAGCUCCUAUGCCCAGGGUCAUCCAGUUGAGGGCUGAGGAAGGGGAGGAGACCAGCAAGGAGCCUCAGUCGCCAGACGAUGCGGAGAUGGCUAAGAACAAAGUUUUCCAGUUGGCCCGGCAGUACAGCCAGCGUAUCAAGUGCACUACACCAGCUCCUAGACAGCGAGAUGUCCUGUUUGGAAAGAAGAAUCUGCCCUGUGUGAUCGAGGAGAAGCCAGAGAGCUCAGGUAAACCCAACUUGACGCUGCCCCUGCUCUCGUUUGAUCGUGUGAGCAAUCUCCAGGAGUUGAGUCCUAUAGCCAUAUCUCCCAACCCUGCUCACAUGCCUAGCUCUUUGGGCAGUCCCCGAGUCCUUUCACCUGGCCGCAUGUCCGCCAAGAGCCCACUCAAUCCUACGCCUACCGAGGCUUUUAACUGGCCCGACGUGCGGACACUUCGCUGCAAGUAUGCCAGCUCGGACAAAGAUCAGUCCCAGCUGCCGCCAGUUAACCGAAGCCGUUCAGUUCCUGAGAGGAUGGACAGCGGCCCCAAAAGGCGCUCAAGCUUCUGCUCCAGCUUAGUCACUGCUUCUGGUACGGUCGAGGCUCCGGCCUACAGACCCCACCUCAGCAGGGACCCUGGCCCUGGAGAGGGGUUGGCUAGGCUCCACAGGGCCGGGUCAUUGGACCAGAGACUGAGUGGGCUGCAUCUGAGUGAGCUACAGAACCUCCAGGAUGAAGUCCCUGAUGACAGUUACUACAUCUCGGCACAGGCCACCAUGCCCAAUGACCACAGGGUCGUUGUUGUGGAGAAGGUUCCGGAGCCUGAGACAGAAUCCAGCUCUGCAGAACCACUGGAGAUGGUACUCAGGGCAAGGAGAGUAGAGGUGGUAGAGGACAUAGAUGAUAGCUAUGUCCAGAUCCGUUCACCGACCACUAGAGAGAAAAUCUCCAUCAUGGCUGUAAUCGACCGUUGCCGGGUCUAUCAGGAGUCAGAUGAGUAUAGGCAAAGGGAGGAGGGCGGGGCUAAGGCAGAGUCAGUACCCUUAAGUGGGAGGGGCAAGGAACUUGACAAGGGUCCACCCUCAAAUGAAAAGCUUGAAGAUGCCCAGAAAACUGCCAUGAACUUGGUCAAAAAGACAGAUGCUAGUCAACAGAACGUGGUGAAAAACUUGAGACAAAAAUUCCUUAACUUGAGGUGAAUAGCACCAGUAAACUUUUUAAGUAACCUUUUAUUCUGUUCAUAUUUUUCAUCAACUAAGGGGUUUGUUAGGUAUGCUGAUCUCAAGUUAGGAUUCGGUGUGCGUGUUGGUCAGUCUUGUACUGCAAUUUAAUGGUUUAAGCUUUGCUGUCAAACUUUCUGUGUACAUAGAAGCGGUUAUUGUGACAGCCCAGGGAAAAUGUAGUUGUUUUGUCUCUAAUGUUGCAUAGAAAUGUUUAAAUAUCUAUGUACAAUACUCAAGAGAACCCUCUCUUGAUCCUGAAAUGAUGUCGGUCUAAAGCACCUUUUUGUAUAGCUUGUGUUGUUCCAUCAUAAGGCAAUUGUAUUGCACAAUUGAAGAGAGCAAUUUUUUGGAGGGAGUGAAAUAUAUUUAGUUUUCUUUCUAGGGUGGCUACCCACUGGGCACAGAUGUCACUUCAACGUCUAGUUUUGAUUUACAUUUGAUUGACUUGUCAUCUAACGUAAAUUCAAAGUAAAACCAACAAACAUUUUCACCAUCAUUGGAUUUAGGUUCAACGUUGGGUGAAAAAAAUUCCUUUACGUCAAUGACCAUGUUGAUUCAAUGUCUUCAAAUUGAAUUGUUUUGUUGAAAUGACAUGGAAACAACAUUGAUUCAACCAGUUUGUGCUCAGUGGCUACUGUGUCUCUGACAUGAAAUGAGAGCCCCUCAACAUCAUAGCAGCACUACUGUUUACUGGAAAGCACAGAAAUAUAUGAUAUUGUCUGACGACAAUAGUUUUCGGGGGAAAUGCUGACCAGAAAAUUAAGGGAAUGAGUCUGAAACUUGAGAGCAUUGCAUAAUUAGCUGUUUUUACCAUCUUUCCUUGAACUCUCACCCUGCACUAGACUCAACUUUCACUGCACAUGGCCUGACCAAUAAAAUACACAUGAGAGAGUCAUGGCCAUACUGGGAUAUAAAUGGUUCAUUAAUUGCCCUGUGACCACUUUGUAAAUCCCACCGGAAGUGGUGAUAGCUCAAGGAUUGUCUUGUAAUUUUAUAUAAUCAUUGAAUUGUCAAAUGGAUUGAGAAUCAAAGACCCUGUAUGAAGUGUUGCUCUUUUCUAGUUAGUCAACUUCUUACCUUGAUUAUAUAUAUAUUAUUGUUCAGUUAAUUGGCUAAUGAUGUGCACUUUGUAUGUGUUCUCUGCUUCGGCUGCCCAAAGGAACUUCAUUCUCAGCAACAGGUCAUUGAAAUGAGUGGACGUAAAACUUGAAAGAGUGAGAACUAGUGUACACGUAUAGAUCCAGGGGACCCUAGUCAAAAGGGUCCAGGUCUUCUACUGCUAAAAAGUGUUACUGUCACUGCUCACUACUCCAA